AUGGGUCGCGAACUUCAGAAGCGUAAGAGGCGCUCCUCGCGCCCUACAAUUCGCAUGCCCAACAGGCGGAAGAAAGCUCUAAAUCCUGCUGGCAACAACAUCAUCGCAAAGAGCUGGAACAAAAAAGAGACUCUUUCCCAGAAUUACACCCGCUUUGGCCUGGUAGCCAAGCUGGGUAAGGCGACUGGUGGUACGGCCCCGGGCAACAAGGCUCUGCUCAAGGACCUCAACGACCCGCUGGCCAUCAAGUCAGGCGACCAGGGCUUGAUCAAAGUCAGCGAAGUCAAAGUCGAACGCGAUGAGCAGGGCCGCAUCAAGCGCGUGGUGCGAGACAAUAACCCGCUAAACGAUCCCCUGAAUGACCUCGACAGCGAUAGCGAGUCCGACGCCGUCCCGCAACAGCAGCAGCAAGAACAGCCCGUUCUGAACAACCACAUCCGACAGCACGACUUAGAGUUAGAGAAUGUCGCAGCCGAUGUGGAUGAUGAGUCUAAACCCGAGGUGCUUCGCGCUCUGGAGCGUGAGGCUACGCGGCCGGUCGAGAAGACCGUACGCCAUCAGAGCGAGCGGGAGCGUGAAUGGCUUCAGCGGCUUGUGGAUAAGCAUGGCGACGAUGUUGCUGCUAUGGCUCGUGAUAGGAAGUUGAAUCCCUACCAGCAGACUGCUUCGGACAUCAAGAGGAGGUUGAAGAAGGCGGGGCUUCUGUCUGCUUAA